GCCCUGCUCACGGUGUGGUUGUGCGCCUGGGCGCCAGUGUUUGACGGGCGCCAGCGAGAAUUGCCCCCCUGGCCGCUGGUCGAGGGGCGCCUUGCCGUUGCCGCGAGUCCCCUGGGCCGGGGGCCAAGCUGGGCGCCGCCAGCCCUCGCUGACGUGGCUGGCCAUGUCGGGCGCGAGACGUUGAAGGAUUGGAUGAAUCCUGCGAUGCCGGGCCGGGGCGAGUGGGGCCAGGAGCUCUUCGUCAGUGGCCUCAGCGCGAGGAACUGCAUCUAUGCGCUGGGGAAUUAUCUCCAGCUGAUGCCCUUCUACAGCUUGCCCGACGUCCUGGCCGAGUUCACCGAGGGCUUCGGGGGGCCGCUGGUCGGGCUGCGUCGCAAGAUCGAGGUGCAGCUCGUCGAGGACGGCGUCGAGGUCCACGGGGCCACUGUCGCGUCCACUUCCGCCGUCAUGUUCGGCAGGGAGAUCGAUGGCAGUCCUGAGACGGCGCAGCUACCUCCCCAAAGGUUGCUCUUCGCGUCCGCCUGGGACGUGCGGGGGCCGCCCUGCAGCGCCGCUGGCGCGUGCGACUCGGGCCCGACUGGAGCGGCGGUGGUCGCUGCAGAGAUGUCCUGCGAGGAGCCCAGCCGUCCGACCGGGCUCGGCCGCGGCCCCGCCGAGGCGUGGCCGCCGGGCCACGGCGCCGCCGAGGCCCUGGGGGCGGCGUUCGGGCGGGGCGCAGGGCCGAGGUCGGGGGCCGCCGCUGUCGCGGCCUUCUGGAGGCCAGCCGGCUCGAUCAGCAAGGCCAUCAGGGGCGACUGCGACAGGGGGCUGAGCGAGUUCCAGACAUGUGCGUCGAAGGGGUCGCUUGAGUUGUCCAGGUUGGCCCGUGCCGACGCGGCGUUGGCCGCGUGCGCCGACGAGCUCAGUGUGCUGAAUUUUGCCCCAGAGAUGGACGGAUCGUUCGAAUUCAACGAUGCUGUAACGUCUGACAUCGGUACUGCCAUGAUGACCACAAACGACGGUAUCGUGUGCUAUUCCGACUGGGCAAAUCCCCCUGGAGAGAGAGCAGUGUGCAACGCUUUCGACGCCUCCACUGGUGACGUUGGCCCAGACUGCAACUUGACCGCUUAUCUCGUGAAGGGCCAGAGGUUCACGGUCACCCGCUUCUCCGACGAGCUGGCCAUAGUAUGCUUCACGGCCUUCGGAGAGUACGAGAUCGGGGGGCCGUCGUAUUGCCACAAGCUGACCCUGAACACGGCCGACAUGACUCUGACCGCCGGACCAGGCCUGGUAGUCAAGCCGGAGGCGACAUUCAUGUAUUAUCUGACCAUCGCCAGCUUCACUGAGACCUUCGGGGUGGUGUGCUACCAGGACACCUCGGACGUGUUCGAACCGAAGGAGAGGAAAGCCAGGUGCAACGUCCUUGGCUUCGAAUCUGGAAGUGACAGUCUCACUAAGAGCGAGGCUUUCGAGGCGGACUCAGUGGCGGUUGACGUUGUCGGUGUGUCGCUCACUAAGUUCUCAAGCUCGACGGGCGUUUUGUGUUUCACCGAGAAGACAGAUGAAAGGGCAUACUGCACGCUUUUGACUGUCAGUGACACGGACAUCAGUGUGCCUGGCCCAAAUGACGUUGCCAUCUUCGAAGGUGUCCCUAGCAUACUGGACAGGGCGCAGGUGUCCGUAGUCAGCUUGGACGAGACCACAGGACUGGUGUGCUACGUCGUCGGAGAUGCAUCUGCUGGCAACAGUGCCUCAUACGAGAUCACGUGCACCCCCGUUGGCUUGGUCAAUGGGACUGUGGUCACGGUUGGCGACGACAUCGUGGUAGACAGCGACGCCACUUUCGACAUGUCGGUCACCGCCAUGUCCGAGACUGCCGCCAUCGUGUGUUACCUGAAGGGUGACGAGAGGAUCGGCACCUGCAAGGGGCUGGUCCUCAGCCACGGCAGGGAACUGAGCAUGGGCGACGCGAGGGACAUCGCCGGCACCAGCGGGUUCAAAGCCUACAGUGACGAGAACAUCCGGGUCUGCGACGACAACCCCUGCGUCGAGUUCGUCUCGCUCACGCGCAGGAACGACGUCGACGCCAUCGUGUGCUACGCGGGCAUCGACGACAACCCCAACGGGGUACCUGACGCGACAGCAGUGCUGCACAUCUUCCUCCCUGUCGUGACGGCAGUGCAGUCCAUCUUCUUAGCUCUGGCGGAGCGGGCGCAGGCAGCAAAAGACCCUGCGAUCUCAAAUGGUUGGUGCUUCGCCGACCAGCACCCAGGCCAGAGCCUCUGCGCUCAGGAAUUCCUUCGCAAAUCCAGAGACCGGUGCUUCCAGCACCUCCGUGUUCGCGUUGACGACCACAACGAGCCCGUGUCCAUCGUCAAUUGCCAUGCGCCCGCCUCGAAAAAACGAGGGUUGACAAUGGAAGGGCGCAAGCACACCUUCCUUGCUUGCCACAAUGCGUGUGCGGGGGAUCGCUUCAUCUGGGGCGGCGACUUCAGCACGGGGAUCAUUCAGCUCAUCGCCCUGGUGCAGAGUAUCGAUGAAGGCUACACAGCCUGCCAAGUAUCGAUUGACUCCGGUGCUGCACAGCCUGGAUCACUGCAGCUGGUCUUCUCUCACCCGUUGAGUUUCAAACACGGCGACCUCGCGAUGACCCACGGCCUGCGCAGCGUUCAAACGAGCUCCGAAAAUGGUGCGUUCUUCGACGGAGUGAGUGAUGCUCAUGACCUCGUUGUGGCCAGGGUGUUCCUGCCUCGAGACCUCGAGAGUGCGGAGGUGCUCGAGGAGAUCGGCAGAGACUUCCUGUUCGUAGCCUCGUCCGACGGCCGCUUCGAGGCGGCAGCUGCUCCGCGCAUCGCCGAGAAACUGGAGGAGUUCUUGCGGGUCGUCGAGGAGCAGCGUGCGAAUCGCAUGCGCCGCGCGCCUGGCCAGGACUCCGACCCCAUCUUCACGCCUCGCCACAUGAAAGAGAUCCACAAGAAGUGGCUCAGCGACUAUAAGUCGUGGAUGAACACGGAAACGGUCCAGGAGUACGAGCGGUUGCGCAACGGGAGUGGCUGCACGCCCGCACACUCCGACGACGGGGUCCUCGAGCUGCUCCGCGAGCAGCUCCAGCGGUGCGGCCCGGAGAGGCGAGGCUCGCGCGGCGCUGACUGCUGUGCGGGCGCGCGCGGCUGCGCGUUGAUGGCGCUCGCUCCUGGGGUAUGGCUGUUCGUGGCUUGCGACAACCCAGGGGUGAAGGACCCGCUCUACCACGAAAAACUUAUCACCGCCGUGGGAGUCAAUGCGCAGUACUGCGUCUUCACUACUGACGGCGACCACUACCUCGAGUCGGUGCCCGCGCAUCGCGUUCUGUGUGUCCUGCUGCACGUGAUGCUGGUCGUCGACCAGCUCAACGCGAGCUGCUUGCAAUCGGGCGAGCUUAUCGCCAG